CCCUCUCUCAGUGUAUACCUCUGUGGCACACACUUAUAAAACACACAUGUAGACAGACUCCCUCUGUCUCCUAUACACACUGCAGCUCUGUCACACAUACAUUCCUGAAUAUACUUGGGGAUGCACACUGCCUGCUCGGACAUCUCCUAAAUACAUACCACUGUGCACACUUUUUGCUGUUGUGUGGCACACUGGGAUAUUUGAGGCGCACAGAAAUCCCAUAGCCUCAGGCUUAAAUUUAGACUUAGAUCGGAGUACGGGUCCCCCAACACUGACCAUUGCCUGGAAAUAUAGAGUGCAUUACUUUCUGUCACACAUACACACACCUGAGGAACACAGAAGCCGCUUUGCAUCAUUAUCCCAAUUACAAUGUACUUACCACCCUUACGCUGAAUUAAUUUACCUGGGUACUCAUACAUUGUACAGGCACCAGUCUGCCACUCCUCCCUGCUGUCCACAUCUCUCCCUAUAAAAACAGACACACAACCCCCCUCUCCUCGCACAGACACAGGAUCUGCUCCCUCCCUUCCAGGAUUCUGCUUGGAAAGUUCUCCUGUCCCACACCAGGGCUGGGAGAGUGCAAGACAAGAGAACAAAUUCGGUCAUCUCUCUGGAGUCUGUGCCCACAGGAUGCCCUGGUCCCUCUCUCACAACAGGCUGCCAGGGAUGGCAUUCUGAUACAAUCACCUGGACACAUGUUCCUCCUCUAGGACGAUGCCCAACUAAGGUUAGAUGCCAUCUACACAUAUAACAUCACCAGCACCCACCUCUGCACCUACAUCUACACACCAGCCUACAUGCAUAGUAUAUGGUACAUUAUACAAGUGUACAAGAUGCCCCCAAACACAGAAUGUGGAAUUUUGUGGCCUUUGUGCUUCUAUAACAGCAUUUUUAUAAAUGGUGUUUCAUUACAAACGUUUUUCACAGCCUAGUACAAUGGAAGUAUGUAAUAUGUUACAUACAUGCAGCUUUAAAUAUACAUAUAUAUAAACGUACAUUUUGUCACGUUAAUAAGCACCAAGGACCGGGGGCAAAGUACAACACAAUCACAUUUUAUAUGUCGAACUUGACAAAGACAGUGACAGAGCACAUGUGUGUGCAGGACCUGGACUAUUAGGUGGGGGAGAUGCGGCCAGUACUUUAUUUUGUUCUCCUUUGCCUGCAAGCACAAAGGGUCAGCUUCAGCCCAACCAGGGGGCACUUUGGCAUCUGCCCCAACCAGCUGAAUGCCAACCUGUGGGUGGACGCCCAGAGCACCUGUGAAAGAGAGUGUGAAACUGAUCAGGAUUGUGAAGCAUUUGAGAAAUGUUGCACAAAUGUUUGUGGACAACGCAGUUGUGUGGCCGCCCGUUACCCAGACCCCGGCUUGCCAGCUCCUGGUUCCUUCCGUCCUGCUACCUGUGCCAGCUUUGCCUGUGUUCAGCAGGGAUCAGUCUGCGAAAUGUGGGAAGAGCGUCCGGUCUGUCGCUGCCGGGAGCGAUGUGGGAAACAGCCAGGCUUUACUUGUGCCUCGGAUGGCCUGACUUACUAUAACAGUUGCUACAUGGAUGCUGAAGCCUGUGCCAGAGGCAUCACCUUAGUGGAAGUGCCCUGUAAGUUUGUGUCCUCCUGGCCUCUCACAACUGCAGUCCCUUCUGAGACUACCCCACAACCAACCCAGUCUUCUACCCCUUUGGAAGUGCCAGUACCUCCAGCACUGUAUCAUUCACCAGCCUCCCAGUCGGUGACUAUAGGUGGUACGGUAGGGCUACAGUGUGAGUCUAGUGGAAGCCCACGGCCGGAAAUCCUCUGGGAGAAGUUAGGUGAUGGACCUCCGUCUCCACUGAUGCGACCAGACCAGAUGUAUGGCAAUCUAGUAGUAACCAAUUCUGGCCAGCUUGUCAUCUACAAUGCUCGCCCAGAAGAUGCGGGAAUUUAUGUUUGUAUGGCACGGAACUCAGCAGGGCUUCUUCAUGGCCAGUUUCCCCUCUCUGUUGUCAGUAAAGGGGCCAACCCAGUGAGAGCAGUCCACCCAUCUCAAUGCCUAAAGCCCCCAAACCACAAGGAGUGCCAAGGUCUCCUGGUUCUUUAUUGGUUCUAUGACCAACAAAGUGGUGACUGCCAGACCUUUCUUCAUAAGGAAUGUCCAGGUACUACCAAUAUUUUUCAUACUUACGAAGAGUGCCGGGCAUCAUGCCAGGCAAAACCACCUGAUCCCUGUACAUUACCACCUGUAAGAGGGCCAUGUAAGGCUCCAGAGUGGAGGUGGGCAUACAGUCCUCUCAUGCGCCAGUGCUUUGCUUUCAUUUACGGUGGAUGCCAUGGUAACCAAAACAACUUUGAAAACAGACAGGCCUGUGAAGAUCGCUGCCCUGUCCCACGUGCCAAGCAGUGCCAGGGAUGUCACCAUAGAGGACGGCUUGCACCUAGCUUGUGCCGUAGUGACUUUGUGAUUGUGGGGACGCUUGAGGAUUCUGGGGAGGAAAGAGUGCUACGGGUGGUCCUUGUGGAGGUACUAAAGGACAACUACAUGGGUCUCCAUCUUUUCCACACCAAGUACCUGGAAGUGACUGUGGGAGAGAGUGGAGGGAGGGGGUGUGCUUGCCCCAAUCUUGCUGUUUCAGGGAACAGUCAGCUCUUGAUCAUGGGAGAGGUACAAGACGGAAUGGCUUUUCUGGGAGCCUAUAGCUAUGUUCGCCCCGCCAAUGAGAAAAGACUGAGAAAAGUCAGAGACAUGCUUGAAAAGGGGACAUGUCAGAUGUUGAGCUGAUUUCAAGACUGACAGAGACAAGUUACCAUGAUAUGUA